CCCUCUAAAACCCUCCCUUUCCCCCGCAUCCACGGCCCUCCCUCUCGCCGCCGCCACUUCCCCCUCCCUGACGCUUCGCCGCAGCGAAAGGCGGAGAGAGCGGCGCGCGCGCGGGAGAGAGAGAGAGAGAGAGAGAGAGAGAGAGAGCCGAGAGGAGCAAGCGAGAAUGUCGCCGAUGCUGGCGACGCUGCCGGACGUCACGGCCGUCCUCCACUCCCCGUCGGCCUCGCCGCCGUCCGGCCUCCGCGCGCCGGCGGCUGUGGGGAUGGGGAUGGCGAGGACGCGCUUUCUCGCUCCGCGGGCGGCGGCUUCGGCGGCCUCCGCCGUCUCCGCGAAGCCGGCGGCGGUGGCGCCGCUGUACGCGGACCGCACGGUCGUCCGUAUCGGGCUCCCCAGCAAGGGCCGCAUGUCCGAGCAAACCCUAAGCCUCCUUAAGAGUUGCCAAUUGUCAGUCAGGCACCUCAACCCGCGGCAGUACACCGCAGAUAUCCCGCAGGUCCCAAACUUGGAGGUUUGGUUUCAGAGGCCCAAAGAUAUUGUCCGCAAACUACAAUCUGGGGAUCUUGACCUUGGCAUUGUUGGUUUUGACAUAGUCAGUGAAUAUGGGCAGGGUAGUGAUGAUUUAGUAGUUGUUCAUGAUGCUCUCGAGUUUGGACAUUGUCGUUUGUCCCUUGCGGUUCCUAAGGAAGGCAUUUUCGAGAAUAUAAAUACUCUGGAGGAUUUGGCAAAUAUGCCUGAAUGGACACAAGAGAGACCAUUGCGUGUUGUUACAGGAUUUGGAUAUCUAGGAGAAAAGUUUAUGAGAGAAAAUGGUUUCAAUCAUGUUUCGUUUUUAGCUGGAGAUGGAGCUCUUGAAUCAUAUCCCGCUAUGGGUAUGGCUGAUGUUAUCGUGGAUCUUGUGAGUAGUGGAACAACCUUACGUGAGAAUAAUUUGAAGGAAAUUGAUGGUGGAGUAGUUUUGGAAAGCCAGGCCACGCUUGUCGCAUGUAGGAGAUCGCUACACAAACGUAAUGGUGUCUUGGAGAUUACGCAUGAGAUGCUUGAAAGAUUAGAGGCUCACCUCACAGCAACUGGGGAGAUAAUGGUCACAGCAAACAUGAGGGGGAACAGUGCGGAAGAAGUGGCGGAAAGAGUUCUCAGCCAAACAUCGUUAUGUGGAUUACAGGGCCCAACCAUAAGUCCAGUCUACCGCUCACGUGAUGGGAAGGUUGCUGUGGAAUAUUAUGCGAUUAAUGUAGUAGUUCCACAGAAGUCUCUUUACAAGUCCAUUCAACAGCUGAGAUCUAUUGGUGGCAGUGGAGUCUUGGUGACAAAGCUGACCUACAUAUUUGAUGAGGAAACUCCUAGAUGGCGCAAACUACUUUCGGAGCUGGGGUUGUGACUUGGUGUGAAGUCUGCCAUACUUCUCUGUCAAUGACCCUUUUAGCAUCGGUUUACUUAUGCUCGCUGAAGUAUACUACAACCAUAAUCAGAAAUGAGCUCUCGUUUGAAGUGUCUGCGGUGCUUAUUUGAGAGGAAAUUUUGGUCUGUGCCAUCGUACAUUGUGCUCGUCUAGUUAUACCUUUGACAAGCAUAUGGGUUGAAAUACCCUUUAUGUACCUGUUGAUAUAAUUGUGAGACCUUAUUGCCUUGUUGGAUAGGUGUGCGUAUGAAUUGUACCUUUUCUUGCGUGACGCUGAAUAAAUUGGGCUUUCUGCAAUAAAGAUGGAUGGUGUAAUUCCACCCCGUAGCAAA